UCUGCCGCGAGAAGAACUACCCGGUACCACGUUUUGGUCCACCCGGAGGAAGCUGGAAGCUAACCGCGCAGGAAGUCAUCGUGACGAGGUGCUGGAUUUUGACUUGCUACCGAAAUCCAUCAGGCUAGCUGCAAGCAACCCCCCAGCCUCGCCGCGACUUCGCCACCGCCGCUGAUGAGAUCCGCGCUGCCCAGAUCCAAGGCCUUCUAGAAUCGGCGACCACCAGCGUCCAUGGGGGACUGUGUCGUGGAGAACGGCCACGCCCACCCGGAGGAGGAGGAGGAGGAGGAGGAACAGGACGCGCGGGCAGUGGCCGUCGAGCCCGCGGAGCUUGCCCGCGAGCCGCAGGAGGUGGUUGGCGGGCAGAGGAAGCAGGGAGGGAUACGCAGGGAGCCGUCCUUCUCGAGGUGGUGCAAGGACACCUCCAAUGCCCCCGCCGACGCCGCUUCGCCCGCCUCUGCAGCCAGCGACGAUGAUUCAGAGGAGUUCGACCUGCCGCUUCUGCCAUCCGCCGCCGCUGCACGGGGCGGCGGCGGCCACUUGCCGAUGGAUAUCGAAGCAGGAGCGGCGGCGGGAUCUGACACCCUCCCGAUCUCUCCGUGGUUGAUCGCCAAGAUUAUCUUUCUGAUAACGAGUUGGUACACGCUGAGUACUUGCUUGACUCUGUAUAACAAAGAGAUGCUUGGGAAGCACAUGUGGAAGUUCCCGGCGCCCUUCCUGAUGAACACGGUGCAUUUCACGAUGCAGGCUGUGGCAUCAAGGGUGAUCCUGUGGUUCCAGCACCGGGGCCUGGAGGCAGAGACUAAUGCAAUGUCAUGGAAAGAUUACUUUCUUCGAGUUGUCCCAACAGCUUUGGCUACUGCUCUUGAUAUAAAUUUGAGCAACAUUUCGCUUGUUUUCAUUACCGUGACAUUUGCUACAAUGUGUAAAUCUGCAGCCCCAAUUUUUAUUCUUCUGUUUGCUUUUCUAUUCAGGCUAGAGAAACCCAGCUUUAACAUUCUUGGAAUUAUGCUGAUUGUUUCCGUUGGAGUUCUACUAACAGUUGCUAAAGAGACAGAAUUUAAUAUUUGGGGAUUUAUAUUUAUUAUGCUUGCUGCUGUUAUGUCUGGUUUCCGCUGGUGCAUGACACAGAUUCUCCUCCAGAAAGAAGAAUACGGAUUAAAGAAUCCCUUUACCUUAAUGAGUUAUGUUACCCCGGUGAUGGCUGUAACAACUGCAAUUCUUUCCAUUGCCAUGGAUCCAUGGCACGACUUCAGGGCAAGUCACUUUUUUGAUAGUUCAGCUCACAUAUUAAGGAGCAGCUUAUUGAUGCUUCUAGGUGGUUCUUUGGCCUUCUUCAUGGUUUUGACAGAAUAUGUUCUGGUUUCUGUAACAAGUGCUGUGACAGUGACCAUAGCUGGGAUUGUUAAGGAAGCCGUCACAAUUUUGGUCGCCGUGCUUUUCUUCAAUGAUCCAUUUACCUGGUUAAAGGGACUUGGGCUGGCAACAAUAAUAUUUGGUGUCAGUCUAUUCAAUGUGUACAAGUAUCAUAAGUUCAAGAAAGGCCAUAACAGUAAGCAUGGUGACACAAAUCUCCAAUCUUCCAAUGGUGCCUCAAAAUAUGUUAUCCUUGAUGAUGAUGCUGAAGAUCAAGAUGAUAGAGGCUGAUCUAAAUAUGAAAGAGAGCAGGCCAUUUGACGGACCGACGUAUCUUGCACAGGAGACCGCUGUCACUGCCUUGGUUUCACAGAGACACCAUUUCUUACUCGUGUUAUCUUCAAGUAAUUAUCUGAUUUGAGCAGUUAUGCAUGAUCAUCAUCAUGAUCAUGUCAUAGCCCAUAUCGCUGAUUGAGAAGACAUGCUGAUACAAGUAGCAGAAGAAAGAUUUUGUCACUUUGAAACAGAAAUGGUGCAUGUAUGAUAUGUAUUGACCAAGAGCUGUGCAGAAAUAGUAACCAUAUGUUAAGAAUACUUCACAAUAUGUUAGAAAUGCAGCUGCUGCACUUUUACUAGAGGAUUUAAGAGCUCAAUUUUGGUGCAGGCUCCGAGUCUAAAGUGGAAAAUUAGGACUAUAGAAUAUAUUGUUAUUCUAUUGAGAAUGAAAGAAAAUUAGAUUGUUGAUGUAUGUGGUGUGGUUGCGAAUUUCCACCUCAAAUUUGUUUGCUCGUUGACUGCAUGAGAAUGUGUAAAUAUUACACGCUGCAUUUUAGGAUCCUCCUAUAUUUUCUUUUGUCUAUUAAA